UGGCAGGACUCUUUUAAGUAACAGCCUCGCAAUUCGGCUGGGAAUCCGCUUUUCACUUCCCACAGCUAGUCAUAUACCCCUCAACCUCAGGCUCGGUUUUACACUAACAUCGUUCAUAUUGCUGUGGAUGGGAACUAGGGUUCCUGUGCAGCACUACGAUUUAAGGUCGGCUGCCGCUUCGUACAUCGGAAGCUCACUUCACGACCUCAAUGCGGCCGAGGGCCUUGGCGGCGCAGGCGACGACGUGGAUAGAGGAGGCGGCGAUGUCACCGAGGAUAGUCUCGACAACGAUGAAGAGUCAACUGCUGUUGACUGCAUGCACGAAACAUUCAGAAACUCUCUACCACUUCACGAUGUAGCAGUGGAGGAAAAUCAAACUAGCCUAGCAAGUAGUGGAUCUUUGAGGGAUCCCUACAACAUUGUAACCAAUGAGGAUGUUUCACCAAUCGAGUCAGCAAGAGCAAGAUUUCUAGACAUCGUUGUAGAUCAUUUUAUUAGCUCACAUGUAGUUGAAGUGUUAGAUAUGGAGUCUGACUAUGUGGCACAAUCUUCUCAAGAUAAACUGAAUAAGAGGAAGCCGAGAGAAAUUCGUCAUGAAGGUGACCCUCGACAUGUUUUGCCUUUGAUGUAUGUGGCAAACAUGUAUGAAACAUUGGUUGGUGAAGUGAACUUAAGGCUAUCUUCCUUGAAUGGAAUGCGUGAAAAAACCAUCGGUGUGGCCCUUGAAGCAGCUGGUGGCUUGUAUAGAAAGCUUGCAAAAAAAUUUCCCAGGAAAGGAUCUUGCAUGUAUAAACGUCGGGAAUUGGCAACUUCUUUUGAAACACGGUCAAGAUUUCCCGAAUUAGUAAUACAGGAGAAGAAGCGUGUUCGUUUUGUUGUUGUUAAUGGUCUAGCUAUUGUUGAGAGACCAACAAGUAUGCGCAUUGAUGAUAUUGAGUGGUUUAAAAGAUUGACAGGUCGUAGUGAAGUAGCUGUCUCUCCAAAAGAUUACAAGUUCUAUGCACCUAGGCACAAGUAUAGACGUGUAGCAUCAAACUCUAUUCCCAACAUCCCUGCAUUGCCGACAUUCACGGGAACAGAUAAUGCCUCUCAGAUGGCUGAAGCCCAAGAUUAUCGUUCUGUCACUGAACCACAAAAUAGCCAUCAGACUCCAUCAAAACACCACAUGCAGCCAACUUCGCACCAGGAUCAAUUUCAUCCUAUUCAGCAGAGCCACCAACACCAUAUCAACCAAAAUCAACACAUGGCCAACUUCUCUCACAACCAACAUUGUGGACCCCACUCACACUUGCCUGAAAUUGCACACACUCAGCACUCUGGAUCUAUAUCAUCUCACAUGGCUUGCUUACAACCAAUAGGUCAUGUUGGCAGGCGUAUGCAUUUACUGCCAACUAGUCCUGCCAAGUUCUGUGAUGAAUGCGGAGCUCCUUAUUUGAGGGAAACCUCUAAAUACUGCUCGGAAUGUGGUGUAAAGAGGUUAGGAAUUUGAUUUGAAUUGAAGUGUGUUGUGUGCACCAAAUGAUAUGAUGCCUUACAAAAUUUGGUUAGUCGUACUGUAAAUGCAAAUGCGUGAGAAGUUCUCCUUGUAUGUCUUCCCUUUCUGUAUAUAUAUAAAACGCAGGUUUUAAGCUUUAGUGAAGUUCUCUCCCUUGUCAUCGCUGUGUUGACUAGGAGGGGUUUUUUUAAUUCAUUUUAGAUUGUAUUUAUAUAGCUGAUUGUUGUGUAGAUUGAAGAUCAUAUGAGAACUAUAAUAAUUGAGGAUCA